CGUAGAAGUGAAGUCUUGCGCGGACCGUGCGCUCUGGCCACUCCUCUCUGCGCCGCGGGCGCUCAGGUGAGGCUCCCGGCAGGCAGCGCGAGGCGGCGGAGCGGCGCGGCGCACGCGGAUCAGCCUCCCUCCGGUCACUCAGCGACGGAUCAGACAGGGUGGAGCUGUGUGCCGAUGAAGCGUCCACCAUGAUGCCAAGAGUGAAGGUCUUCCUCAUCCUGCUGUGUCUCACUGGGAUCGGAGUACUUUUCAGAACAUAUUCUGUCUUUUCCCUCAACUGGUUCCAGAAGCCGAACGGGGACCGUUCGUAUGGUUACACCCCCUUGUGGGCAGACUCCACAAAGCUCCAAAAUCAGUCCCAUGUGACUCCAGUACCCAAGAACCAAAGCUUGUGUUCUUGUGUGAAAUGUUUAACAGAGGACAAACAGCUGCGUGAGCAUCGCUUGGUUUUUAUCCAACCUUUUUUGUCAAAAGCGUACAGUCUCUCAGAGGGUAAUUUUAAUUGGUGGAAGCGCCUGCAGCUUGAAAGAUGCAGCUAUAACACUUAUCAAGCCACAGUGAAGAGUCUGUUUGAGAUGUUUCCGCCCGAUCCAGACCUUGUAAAACCUCGUCCGGACCACUGCAGGACAUGUGCCGUUGUGGGAAACUCUCAUAAUUUGAAGGGAGCGCGUUAUGGAAAGCUGAUAGAUUCACAAGACGUUGUCAUAAGAAUGAACUUCGGUCCGACAAAAGGCUACGAAGAAGACACGGGAACCAAAACGACUCAUCGAGCACUGUAUCCAGAGAGCGCUGCGGAUUUAGGGAGUACGACUCACCUUGUGCUGUUUCCCUUCAAGUUGCUGGAUCUCCAGUGGCUCAUGAAGGCUCUCUCAACAGGGUUCGUUGGAAGGUCAUAUGCACCCAUCAGAGCAAAGAUUCAAGCCAACAAGACCUUGGUGAUGGUUGUCAACCCAGCUUUUAUGAGGUACGUCCAUGACUACUGGCUGGACAAGAAGGGGAGUUACCCAUCCACCGGCUUCAUGACUCUGGCCCUGGCUCUGCACAUGUGCGAUGAGGUCCACGUGUUCGGUUUUGGAGCGGACAGCGAAGGGAACUGGUCUCAUUACUGGCAGGCGCUGAAAAACAGCCAGUCGGUCAACGGGGUGCAUCCUGCACGACACGAAUACGAUGCGAUUCAGCGGUUAUCUCAGCAAGCUAGAAUCCAGUUGUAUAAAGGCGUGUGAUUAUGCUUGUUUUAUUUAAAGAAUUCAGGAUUCAGACGGAAAAAUGAGAUGACAGCGAGGCCGAAAGUCUGAAAGCUUCCAAUAAGUCAAAUCGUCACUACUCCCAAAAAUAAUGCCAUUUUGUAUGAUAGGUGGCAGUAGUGAGUCACCAUUUUUAAUUCUGGUCAGAGUUUAGUUUUAGAUCCAAGAGAUCCGAUCUCAGGUUUGUUUACUUUUUAAUUGAGUCAGGAGAGAAUAAAUGCUGGAAGCACAAGAGUUGAAGGCCGGUAAAGGUGCAAAUUUAAAUACCCAUGCCAACAGCCAUUUGGUAUGGAUAUUGUUGGCAAAUAUCAAAAUAUUGUUGAUUUUGUUUUAAAAAAUCUUUUUUAUUUAAAAACUCUCCAGCUGCAGUGCCACAACUUGCCAGCAGAGGCACUCAUGCUGAAAGCUCAGGCUUAAUGGCAGCAUCUCGCAUGCAGCUCAGUGAGUUGCUGAGAGGUGGUUUGGAAAUGAGAGUUAAACUUGAACCUAGUGAGACUCUGCAAAACUAUGAUGAGAGGCAUACAGCCAGUCUGUAAAUGUUCUCUUUCUGCAUUGUUUUGGGUUCAUUUAUUGUUGUUGAUUUUUUGAUCAGAGAUUGCUCUUUUGCGAUGUGGGCACUGCACUGAAUGUGUUUGUGUGUGUGUGUGUGUGUGUGUGUGUGUGUGUGUGUGUGUGUGUGUGUGUGUGUGUGUGUGUGGUGUGUGUGUGUGUGUGUGUGUGUGUGUGUGUGUGUGUGGGAAGUAGGUCCGGCCAUGACCAAUCCGGCACCCUUGGCAAGAUUGUAGGUGGCGACCCCCCCCUUGCAUUGCCAGCAUAUACUGUAUACAUACAAGAAACUUGAUAGCUUUGUCUUUGACAAUUUGUUUUAUUUAAAGAAAGCAAAAUCCCAGUCACCAUAGUCAUCAAGAUAUGGAUCAUCUUUGUGUUCUUGUGUUAGAUAAAUGCAAAAGAUGAAAUGGAUGAAAUUUAUUUCCUAUUUAUGCUUCUGGUGUGGCGGCGCCCCCUGAUGGACGGCACCCUGAGCAGCUGCCUAUACUGCCUAUGCCACCGUCGGCUCUGGUUUUGAGUUGUGACUGUAUAUUUAGGAAGAAGGGGAUUUUUGAGAGGUGGGUUUGAUGUCCAUCAUUGUGAAUGAACUAUUGGUAUGAAACAAGCCAGAUUUGUACUUUUCUGCAGCCUGAAUGCUGCGGAGAGGCCUUCUCAGGUGGAGUUGACAGCUUUAGCUCUGUUUUUGCAUAAUCAGGUUAAUCCAGUAGAGACCAGAACUGUGAAGGAUCUAUUUCUGGCUGGAAACAGACAAAAAAAAAAAAAAUCCUUAAAAGUUAAUAUAUAUUUUUAAAUGCAAAUGUAUAAAUUACCAAAGAUGAAAAUCCUGAAGUUCUGGUGACUCCAGAAAUCCAGAUGUGGUUGCAAAGUCCUCUUGAUUUUAAGGGGUAUAUUGUUAUUUAUUUAUUUAUUUUCAUUUUUAAUCAUGCAUCUUUUGUGGUGAUAAACUGGCAACUGGAAGUCAGAAACUGUACAAAUGAAGUGACAGCAAACCACCAAACACCUGGAGAUCGUGUGGGAACCCAAAGAGUUUGGAGGAACUCAUCAUCAGAGAAUAGAACAAAGACAGUGCGAUGCACAUACAUGAGUUGUGUCACGAGGCUCCUUGAUUUCCUUCAGUCGCAUGGACAACUCCGAGCUCUGCUCAUCUCUUCCCGGUGGCUUGAUGGGACCCAGAUGGGCUCUUUAGCCUUUUCUUCAGGAUAAUCUUAGAGGCUCUUCAAGGAAAACCUUUGUGAACCACUGCUCUCAGUCUUCUCUAUAUGUAAUUUGUGAUUUUGUAAGCAGAUGCUGUAUCUCCAUUCUGUAAGUAUGUCUGUGGCAGGAAAAGACAGAACAAAUUCAAACAGACAGCGCAGCCUCAAUGUUUUUUUUUUUUGUUUGUUUUGUUUUUGUUUUAAACAGAUGAGUCAUCUACAGAUUUGUUGAUAUUUAUGUCUUUAUGGUUUGUGUUCUUGGUGCACUGUUGUGAAUUGUUUUAUUAUUAUUCCUCUGCCCGCUGAUGAUGCUGCUUACUAAUUGUACCCUGUGGCGCCUCCAGAAACUUUUUAAUAGGGGUGGCCAGAUGGGGAUACUUAGAAUCUUGGGGUGGCACGCCAAAAAUAAAAGCCCAAAAUUCAGGACAUAAUUAAACUGCUGUAGUAAACCGGCCAGUAGAAAACCAUCAAGACUUAAGGAAAUCCCUACGAUAUUACUUUGGUUUAUUGCGUUAUUUUUAAUAUUACUAAUGAUCUGAUGUGCACAAAAUAAUAAUGCUACAGUUAACAUUUUGAGUUCCACAACAGCUAUGUUUUAUUGCGUAAUGUAUAUAUAAGGCAUGGGGGUAGAUUUAUUGUAAACAAAACAACUACUGAAGAGAAACAGAUACUGGCAUUUUUAAAUAAAAGCAAGUACAGAAACAAUCAUAUCUUCCUUCAUGUAACAAGAAUUUCCCAACAGGGAUCAAUAUUCUGAUUUUGACUACCACGCCAUACAUUAUAUGUAAGAAAAACACAUCUUUGCUUAAUGUAAUACAAAAAAACUAAAAUCAAUUUCUGUUCCGAAAAGAUUUUCAGACAAGGAAAAUUUAAUUUUCAUUAUUAAGGCCACACAGUCACAAUUUCACCUGUUGGUCCAGGAACACGUCGAACAACUGCUGUUGUUGAGUCCUGCCUGACUUCUGUCUCUGUGCCUGGCUGUGUCCUGCUCUGUUUCUUCCUCUACUCCAUCCUCCUCCUCCUCACUGAGUCUCAGAUGCUCUCCUGUCGCCUCUUUCUUCUUAAAAUAAGAAGAGAUAUCUGUGAACUUUAGCUUCAUUGUCUGAAAAUGAUUGACAUAACAUACACAAGCAGUAGCUAACGUUAGCUAUGUGACGGCGAAACAAAAUCUGUGAAAGAGCUGCUGUAACAGGUGCUGAAACAGUAGUAUUUAGCACGUAAAAAGCACAUGUUACGACGCAUCCCCCCUCCUUUUAUUUUAGUAAAAAAUAUUUUGACUUAUUUACUUACUGGUGUAUUUACAAGAAGUGGUCACGUGCACAUUGCUGUGGGAGCAUGCAACAGUGGCCGGGUGCGGGGGCGGGGGUGGCGGACUUUGAGAGACAGCAGAUCAAGAGCGGCUUGCCUGGCCGGCUGUGCAUUUGGGAUUAUAUGCAGAACUGACACUACUACAAUCGAUGCGGGGCACUGGGGUGGCCAGUGGGGUGACCAGUACAUUUACAGGUGGGGUUGCCAUCCCUUGAUUGUUUGUACCGUCAAUAAAAUUGAUUCUACUGUG